CGUGUUUCCUAAUUCCUUCUUCCCUCAUCACCUCCGACAAUGGCGGACGCCUUUGAUAGUACUGAUUUGAAUUUCUGCCCGUCCUGCGGCCGCUUUCCCUCGGCCGCGGACGAAGAACACAUCGUCAGCCACCUGUCCGCCGUCCUCUCCCUGCUCCAAGAUCGGCGGCGGCUUGAUCCCGCAAGGCUCUCCCUCUCCCCCCAGGUUUGCCCGGUGGUGGUUCUUCUAGCUCCGCCAGGGGCCGGCCAACCCAAAGCCGGGUCUACCCGUUCGGUUCGACCCGCGCCGGAGAUCAUCUGGGCCGCUCUGGCGCUUCCGUCCCUCUCCCGCCACAUCAUUCCGCCGCCAUGAAAAGCAAGCUCCGUGAGGAAGGUGGAAAAGCAGCAGCACCAGCGUUCAAGGAGAAACAGGAGUAGGAGGAGAAGAAAAUUAAAAGGAGUAUUUCUUGGGUAAAUGAAACUUUUUUUUAAUACAAUUUAUUAGCC